AUGCUGGCUUCAUUAUUCGGACCUCGCAGCGCAACUGAGCCGACUGCAAAUGACGAAUUCUAUGUCACUCGGCGUUCGAGCGAACCGGCUUCUGCUGGACACGUCUCUGGACAAACUGAUAGUGGCAAUGGCCAGCGAACUCGUUCCAGUCUAGAUAGUGUUACUGGAACUACAAAAAGAUAUGGUAUAUACGAGUUUAACUGGCCAGGUGCCAACGCGGAAGAUGAUAAUAAGGGGGCGUUGGAUACGAAUUCAAACUUUGAUACUACUACUACUAUCGCACCAGGCGUGAAGACGGCUAAUUUUGAUUCGUGGGACUAUCAAGAAAAGCCCCCGAGCUCGCCUGUCAUCAAACCUUUAUCUAUCAAGAGCACAAUAAGUGAUCCCCUUGAUCCACCACGACCAUCGCUAGGUGGAAUUCAGGUUACUCAGGUUUCGGUUGUCGAGAUUCAUGAAAGGACAGACGGUUCUGUAGUUAACUCUGUUGAACCGACCAACUUACCGCAUCGUGGAGAUUAUAACAACUGGGAAGAAGAGACUGAUUGGCAGCCUCCGGUUUCGCGGCGGCGCAACUAUAAGCAUAGGCAUUCGUAUUCCGACUCCAUUAUGAAUGCAAGUUUUUCCAAGAACUUUAACAAAUUGAUCAAUGGCUUUAAAUCCACACAAGACCGGACGAGCAAGAGGACACAUCAACUUAAUUUUCGAAUAUCUACAAGACGCAACGAAGAGGAUCAAGCACGACCACUCCCGACGUUCGACGAAAGCAGACGUCUUAGACCCAAGAGACGCACGUCAGUAAUGACACAGGGAAAACCCAAAAGAAAAAGCGUUGCCGUGAAUGCUAUCCAACCGCUUACCAAAGUUUGGAACCCGUCAGGUGAAUUUCAACCCACCACCGCUAAUGGUAGACAUAUGGUCAGACAAUUGCCUCCCUCUGGCCGCCGUCUUCGUCGCAAUGGUGCAACGAUAUAUCGAAAGCAAACACAGACUCUGAGUGAUGGCGAGAGAGCCCCAACGUCUAACCCGGCCUUUGCAAACGAUCCGACAGAUAUCGAAGAUGACUCGGUACCAACAUACACAUUACGAACACCGUGGGUGCCCAAGCCGAUUCGGCCACCACAGUUGCUCCAUGCUACACUCGUACCCUUGCCAAGACGUCUUUCACGCAGCAACAGUAGGACAUCGAAAGUUGCAGGAGCAAAUCUCAGCAGGCGCACAAGAUUGAACCCUCGACGACAAUCGAAACUUGUCCCAUCUCCGUCAGCGUCAGUGACAGCAUCAAUUGCUGAUGCGCGUGGGACACAGGGAAUAAGACGUAUGGCGUCAACCCGAGUGAGACGACGCAAGCGAACAUCAGUCAUCUCAAAUGAUACAAAGAGAAGUUCAGUUAUCAUGCGACAAGGAUUAUUGGAGGAUAGUAUAAUGAUGUCGAUUAUGGGCGGUGCGUUAGGAGCGGGCCUGAAAAAUGGUUUACUUCAUAACAUGAAUCAUAAACAAGAGAAACCUUUGAUACGAAAAAGGACUAAAAAGGGCAAGGAAAAUAAUGCAAUGACACGCGGAGUUGAAGAGCUUGAUGAAAAAAGCCGCAAGAAUGAAUUUCUAACGGCACCUCCAAGAAAAGUCGGACAAGAUAAUUUCAGCCCUGACUUUACGCCUGACCAAUCACCCAACAGCUCCUUUUCCUCCUCUGCGUCUGAAAAACGGAGCAUGAAAUCUAAUAUCGAACCUUCUCCUUCGCCUCCGCCAUUUCCAACUCAUCUCGCACGAUCAACAAGAUACGGCAAUGAUCAAUUAUCUCCCAAAUUGAUACAACCAAAAUCCAGCGAGUCAUACGCAUACUCUAGGCCACAGAGAAUUAUUACGGACGUAAAGAAAUUUUCUACUGAUCGAUUUAAAGACCCUGAAACGACGCAAGAGCUAGAUGAUGUGCCUGCUUUGACGUCAAUGUCUACACCCACGUCUCCAACACAAUAUAUGCCGAACAGAAGAAAGUCCAAACCGAUUCCCAGUCCGAUAACGCCUAGACCAACCAAUCCUCUUUCACCAGGUGUAUACGAGUCGACACGCUCGCCACCGCCACCGCCAACUCCCAUCAUAGUCCCACCAACGAAAUUGCCUCAAUCACCCCCGCUUAGUCCGAUAAAGACCCUCCCAGCCACAGUACUCGGUCGAUCGCGGCAGAAAAAUGAGCCAAACAUGAACGCGUCUAUAAGUCCCGAGAAACUAUUAAAGAUGCAAAAGUUUGAAGCACUGCUUGCAGCGUCCGACGUUGCCGGCGAUAAAAAACAGCGGACCAAGAAGAAACGCGCGGAUCAGAGUUCGGUAACUAGUCCAGCUUCUCCGGAAAUGCCUCUAUCCCCACUGUCUCCCAUGUCAGCGACGCCGCCAACACGCAAUCCGAAUUUCGGCAGGAUGGUCCCCGAAAUGCGGAAAAAGGUUGCCAGCGUGGGCAUACCGCCUUCCUUGAUUCCGGGUGCAAUCCCACAGCUUCCUGUAAUGCCGCCAUUGCACGUUGAUGGUGGUGAUAGUCUACGGAGAAGCCUGGGGAAGGAUUCGACAAGUGAUAGGCAGUCGAUGAAUUCGAUGGCCGACUCUGUCACUGGCUCUGUGGCCGGAUCCGUCGCAGAUUCUGUUGCCGAGUCGUUUACGAUACAUUAUCGACCUGAAGAAAAGGUAGAACUUGCAACAGCACAGGUCGGGGAGGAUGGAGUGCUACGGUUGACGUUAACACCUGCCGUAUGUCGGUGA